AUGCCGGCAACCGGAGGCCGGCAGCCGGAGACAAUCGGCAAACCCGACACGCCGUUUGGAGAAAUCGAGGAGAUGAUCGACCAAGUCGACGCGAAGUUCAACCGUUUCAAGAAUUUCGACGUGAAGCUCGGCAACCCGCCGAUGGACCACCACCACUACGACAUAUUCAACCUGAAAGCCUGGAAAAACCCGAUUUCGAGCAUUCAUCAAACGACGAUGAAAUGCGAGCUCCGAACGUUCGCCAAAAACGUCCCGCGUUGGGUCUUUGCGCGGUCCUACGAGCACCGAGUCGACCUAAUGAGAGCCGCGAUUAUCGGCCCGCCAAACACGCCCUACCACGGCUGCUUGUUCUUUUUCGACAUCAAGUUCCCCGAGAACUACCCGGAUAAACCCCCGAAGAUUUACUACCGCUCGUACGGGCUCGACUUGCACCCGAGCCUCCGCCCGGACGGCAAAAUUACCAUCUUGCCCCUGUCGGAAAACAAAUGGUACGACCGGCUCAAGCAAAACUACUUGCCCCGAAUAACUAACAAAAAGUGGAACCCGGACGACGAGUCCAACAACCUGAUGCUCGUUUUUCACGCGAUUCGAGACGCGCUAACUACGGUUAAACUCGAGCCACACGACAAGAGCAACAGGAAGACUUUCGCGCUGAGCUGUCAGAAGAUGGUGAGGGUCUUGAAAGAACCUCCCUCAGAUUUUCGAGACUUUGUGCAGGGAUACUUUCGGAAAAUGGGUCACACGAUUCUGCUCAACUUUCGGGAGAACGAGUAUUACGACUCGCUGGUGAUGAUCGACUUGUUCGUGAAGAUGUUUAAGGUGUUCGAAGGGAACGGGGCUUACUGCAAACACCAUUUAUGCUUCUUGAGAUUGAUUGAUGAAAAGGAUUGUGGAGUUGAUGUGAAGGCCAAGAUAAGGGAACUUGAGGAGGUGACAACAGUAAGUGUAAAAGGAUGUACACGCUUUAGAUAUGAAGUGUGUGGUUAA